AUGGGUCAAAACCCUCCUCUACCUCCACCCUACCUCGAGGACAACUUGAAGCUCGCGGCAGAAUUGAAAGUACCAAGACGCCCAAGCGGACAUGUAUCAAUGAAGAGCCACCACUGUGGAAAAUGUCACGGAGUGUUCAAACAAACAUGCAUCGACGCCAAGCACAUGGUCCUUUGCCUCAAACACAAGACGUAUUCGAAAUGGGAGGGCCAAUGUCCACCAUGCGAGCGAGAGUGGAAGACUCAGGAAAAGGAAAUAAAGGAAGCAGAAGCCGCUCUGAAAGCCGACAAGGAACAGGAGGAGGCGCAGGCUACGAAGAUAAGUAAGAAGACUAAAAAGACGGGGAAAGAUGGCAAAAAACUGGGUUCCAAAUGUGUGCCCGGGUGGGUGGAAGCGAAGAAAGGGGAUCGCAAGUAG